AUGCCUGUCAUUCGUGCACCAAAAGAGGCAGGAAUGCGGGCUACAUUUGAUCCAAACUAUCAGACACUUGCUGGGCUUAAUAAUGACGAAGUUUUCCAGCCAAAGGGUGGUAGCGCUGGUAAGCUGAACAUCAGGCCACCAGCAGAAGGACGAAAGGUGGCAACAUUUGAUCCAAAUUACCAGACUUUAGCUGGAUUGAAUAAUGAAGAUGUUUCAAACCGAAGGUACUCCUUCAGUCGUUCAAGGAAGGGCACAGGCGGUUCCGGACUAGCUUUUGGUAGCGGUGGUGGUAAAUUGAAUAUCAGACCACCGGCAGAAGGAAGAAAAGUGGCAACAUUUGAUCCCAACUACCAGACCUUGGCUGGACUAAACAAUGAAGAUGUCUUCAAGCCAAAGGAUGGCGGUGGCGGCGGCGCUAAGAUGAACAUCAGAGCGCCAACUGAUGCGAGGGGAAAGAGAGUGGCAACAUUUGAUCCCAAUUAUCAGACGCUGGCUGGUCUGAAUAACGACGACGCCCCUAUCAAACCAAAGGGAGGUGGCGGCACUCCUGGGGGUACAGCUGAAGACAAAUUGAAUAUUAGAGCGCCAACAGAUGCUAAAGGAAAGAAAGUGGCAACGUUUGAUCCGAACUAUCAAACAUUGGCUGGACUAAACAAUGAAGAUAUCUUCAAGUCGAAGAAUCGAUUUUUUUACAGGGCGGAGGAGGAGGUGGUGGAGGCAAACAACAGAAAGCUCAGAAACCAGCUCAACAUAAAGGUCGUCGCUACAAACGACCCUAAUUAUCAGACGUUGGCUGGCAUCAAUGCUGAUGUUUUUGGUGAAGACAAGAAGAAGAAAACAGGCGAAAAUAGAUGGGACACUUACUAA